AUGGUUAAAGCUGUUGUUGCCGGCGCCUCUGGCGGUAUUGGCCAGCCCCUGUCCCUCCUUCUCAAGCUCUCCCCCCUCGUUGACGAGCUUGCCCUCUACGAUGUCGUGAACACCCCGGGCGUCGCUACCGACCUCUCCCACAUUUCCUCGACUGCUAAAGUCACCGGCUACCUGCCCAAGGACGACGGCGGAAAGCUUGCAUUCAAGGAUGCGGACAUAAUUGUCAUCCCCGCCGGCAUUCCCCGCAAGCCCGGCAUGACCCGUGACGACCUCUUCAACAUCAACGCUGGAAUCGUCAAGGGCCUGAUCGAGAUUGCUGCCGAGGUCGCCCCCAAGGCCUACAUCCUCGUCAUCUCUAACCCCGUCAACUCCACCGUCCCCAUCGCCGCUGAAGUUCUAAAGGCGAAGGGUGUCUUCAACCCUCAGAGACUGUUCGGUGUCACCACCCUUGACAUCGUCCGUGCCGAGACCUUCGUUGCCGAGAUUGCUGGCAAGAAGACCGGCUCUGAACUAACCGUCCCCGUUAUCGGCGGACAUUCUGGCGAGACCAUCGUCCCUCUCUUCAGCAAGGUCAGCCCUAGCGUGUCAAUCCCCGAUGACAAGUACGAUGCUCUCGUCAACCGUGUCCAAUUCGGCGGUGACGAGGUCGUCAAGGCCAAGGAUGGUGCUGGUUCCGCCACCUUGUCCAUGGCUUUCGCUGGAUACCGCUUCGCCGAGAAGGUAUUGAAGGCUAUCAAGGGCGAGAAGGGCCUUGUCGAGCCCAGCUUUGUCUACCUCAAGGGUAUUCCUGGCGGUGAAGAGAUUGCAAAGGCCACUGGCCUAGAGUUCUUCUCUGCGCCUGUUGAACUUGGACCCAAUGGUGCCGAGAAGAUCACCAACCCCCUUGCUGGCAUUACCGAGAAGGAGAAGUCUCUGGUAGACGUUGCCAUCCAAGGCCUGAAGGCCAACAUCGAGAAGGGCAUCAGCUUUGCUCACAACCCCCCUCAAAAGUAA